AUGAUUCUCAAAGAUGAUGUCGUUGUACAGACAACAUAUGAGAAUCUCAUAGCGAUUGGAGCGAGUGCCUCAUAUGAUAAGAGCAUAAAACGAAAUGAUUUUCUUCGUAUUAUCAAUGAUUUUUAUCGACGUGAUGACGUUAAAAAACUUGCUAUUGAUCAAGGUCUCGACUCAGAAAUCUUCAAAAAUGUUUAUGUUAGUUUCCGCAAAUAUUGUAUGCAAUCAACUUCUCUGCCGGAUGAUUUCAAUCUCAUCUUAAAUGAUAUUGUAUCUGGUUCUAGUAAUGUAACUGCGAUGUUUCCGUAUUUCUUUCAACAUGCACGACAAAUGUUUCCACACUUGAAGUGUGUAGACGAUUUGAGGAAAAUAAGUGAUCUUCGUAAUCCUGGCAAUUGGUAUCCAGAUGCCAGAAGUAUGAAACGAAAGAUUAUAUUUCACGCUGGUCCAACAAACAGUGGAAAAACAUAUCAUGCUUUACAACGUUUCAUGAACAGUGACAGUGGAGUAUACUGUGGGCCGUUAAAAUUAUUAGCAUCGGAAGUUUUCCAUAAGACGAAUACAGCGGGGACAAAAUGUGAUUUGGUUACGGGCGAAGAACGCCGCCUCGUCGAUACAGAUGGUAAACCAGCAAAUCACGUUGCAUGCACUGUUGAAAUGACAAAUUUAAAUACACUUUAUGAUGUUGCCGUUAUUGAUGAAAUUCAAAUGAUUCGUGAUCCACAACGUGGCUGGGCAUGGACACGCGCUUUACUUGGCCUUCAAGCAAAAGAAAUUCAUCUUUGUGGAGAAAUAUCUACACAAAAGCUACUCGAGGAAUUACUGCUCACUGUCGAAGACGAUUUCGAAGUUCGACAGUAUCAACGAUUAACUAAAUUAUCGCAUUUAGAUCACGCUAUAGAAUCAUUUGAUAAUGUCCGAUCCGGUGAUUGCUUCGUGUGUUUCAACAAAAACGACAUAUUUCACAUUACUCGGGAAUUAGAAAAACGUGGUCAUGAAGUGGCUGUCAUCUAUGGAUCAUUACCACCUAGUACAAAGCUAUUACAGGCGCGGCGUUUUAACGACCCGAAUGACAAAUGUAAAAUCCUCGUCGCUACAGAUGCCAUCGGAAUGGGUUUGAAUCUGAGUAUCAAGCGUGUUGUCUUCUACAGUCUUGUCAAGUCACAGAUGAAUGACGAAGGCAAUAAACAAAAAGCCGAUGUCACAACAUCUCAAGCUCUGCAAAUUGCUGGUCGAGCUGGAAGAUUCGGCAGUGCAUUUCCUGAUGGUGAAGUGACAACAUUCCGUCGGGAUGACAUGUCGCGAUUGAACGAAAUUCUCAAUCAGCAAGCAAAGCCUAUUGAACGCGCCGGCCUCCACCCAACAGCUGAACAAAUAGAAAUGUUUGCUUAUUAUCUACCGAAACAAUCACUUUCAAGUCUAAUUGACAUUUUCUUGACACUUUCACAACUGGACCGAAACUUAUAUUUCAUGUGCAAUGUCGAUGAUAUGAAAUAUUUAGCAGAUAUUAUCGAACACGUUCCAUUAUCACUUCAGGUUCGCUAUGUAUUCUCAUGUGCUCCCAUCAAUCGACGAAUACCAUUCGUUUGUGCCAUGUUGUUGAAAUAUGCCCAACGGUUCGGUCAAAAUGAGCCAAUGUCAAUGGAAUGGCUUUUGAAAGAGAUUAAUUGUUCAUUUGAAGUCCCAAGCACAGUGACUGCUUUGGCACAUUUGGAAGAAGUUUUUGAUUGUUUCGAUCUCUAUUUAUGGCUCAGCUGUCGUUUUCCUCAAAUGUUUCCAGACAAACAAUCAGUGCAUACACUUCAAAUGAAGCUCGACAGGAUUAUUCACUGUGGUGUGCGAAAUAUUGUCCAACACGCAGAACAUUCCGAACCAGGGAAAGAUACUUUAGCUAAACAAACUAAAGUAUCAGCAAUGUGCUAA